AUGGCUAGGACGGACCCUGCUAUCCAAGCAUUUCUGGAGCGCCUGAAGAUCGACAGCGAUAGACUGUAUCGUCUCUCCCACCGCCUCUCGUUGACAUAUCGCGAGCUUGCGGCCAGUUCCUCGGAACAGUUCUUCCCCACUGCGACCACGCGACUGCCCACAGGAUACGAAAAAGGCCGCUACUUGGCAGUCUAUCUCGGUCUAUAUUAUCUGCGAGUGGCAUUUAUUGAUUUGCUGGGCGAAGAGCAGAUCGGCAAGCAUUCGCAUGUCCGGCGCACGCUGGAGAAAGCAUGGCCAAUCGAGGAUCGUUUGCGCCGAGACCAGGCCAACUCCCUGUUUGCAUGGAUUGGCGAUUGCAUCGCCGAAGUGAUUCACGAUGACCUGGCAAAUUCCAAAGAAGAUGCACCGACAGAAUUAGCGAUGGGCAUAUCGUUUUGUUUUCCUAUUAAACAAAAAUUACUCAAUGAGGCUAUUUUAAUGCCCACCGGCAAAGGCUUUGCCCUGGGUUCUUCUCUCAACCUUCACCAAGCCCUUCUCGAUGGCUAUGAAUGCCACACCCGGCGCUCCGCGGACGACGAACCCGCCGGGAUGCAGGUGAAACGGCAGAAGAAGUAUUGCCUGCCGAAACUACGAAUCACCGUCAUGACUAACGAUACCAUUUCCACAUUCGCCUCUUUGGCCUACUCAAUCCGAGCGUUGCCCAAUACUCGGGUCGUCAUGGGCCUGAUUGUCGGCGCUGGCUGCAACGCCGCCGUUCCUAUGAAACUCGACGAUCUCCAAGAGUCCAAAGUCCGUCACAUCCGCGAGAAAGACCCAGAUGCAGUAGAGACAGUCGUUUCGACCGAAUGGACGCUACGAGGUGCCGCGGCACCCUUACAAGACCUCGAUAUUAUGACAAAAUGGGAUACCCAGCUGGAAGCGCAUUCCGAUCGACCCGGAUUCCAGCCAUUUGAGUAUAUGGUUGGAGGUCGGUACAUUGGCGAACUGGUCCGAAUUAUCUGCUAUGACUGGUUUCAUGGAACCAAGAAGGUCCCGCAAAGUUCAUUACCGAUAAAACUGGUCGAAGAAUACAGUUUGACGACCGACUUUCUCUCACUGGUUGUGGCACCCAGCUACUCAGAUGAGAAACUCGCAGAAGAUCUCUCCAAAGAGCUCCCUGCUCCUUCACCCAGCGACUGGAAAUGGAGUCCUGAGUAUGCGGGCCAGCUUCGCUCCAUUGCAGCCGCAGUGCAGGACCGAUCGGCGGCCUUGAUAGCUGCUGCCACAGUCGGACUUCUCUCCUGCAGCGGCGAGAUUCAUCUCCAGGAUAAAGACGUUCCGAAAUCCUCCACAAAGCAGGACUCGAUUGAAACACAACAGAACUCAACGCAAGAAUCCAAGCUCUUGGAAUUUGGAUCGUCAAUACCUGGUUGGUUGAAGGGACCAGAGGAACUAGUUGUGGCGGUCUCCGGGGGUGUUAUCCAACACUAUCCACAUUACAAGGAGACUGUUCAGCGAUAUAUCGACCGCCUGGUCAUCAGUGCUGGUCCCCAGAGUGAAGGCAAGAGCAUUUUCAUUCGGGAAGCGAGCGAUGGCGGCAUUAUCGGCGUGGGGGUGCUAGCUGGCACAGUGGCUGGCCAGAUUGAUGGGAUCAUUGGCUCAACCUUUGAGGAGGAGCGCCAGUCGGACAGAAGCUCUUCGGGCGAUUCCCCUGGUUUAUAA